AAAAUAUUUAUACACAAAAAAAAAAAUCUAAAAUCCUAACUGCAUCAGAACACGAAAGCCACGUGUACGAAGGUGACUUUAUUUAUCAACGAGGUUUCAAUGAUUUGCUUCCUUUAGCCAGAAAAGAAACAGAUCAAAAAAGAGAUCGAAAUCCUUCGAAGUUUAUCAGAUCCAAAAUCCGAUCGAUCGAACAAUGUCGACUUUCAGUGGUGAUGAAACUGCUCCCUUCUUCGGUUUCCUCGGGGCUGCUGCGGCCCUCGUAUUCUCAUGCAUGGGAGCAGCGUAUGGAACAGCAAAGAGUGGUGUAGGAGUGGCGUCUAUGGGAGUGAUGAGACCGGAAUUGGUGAUGAAAUCAAUUGUUCCAGUGGUUAUGGCUGGUGUGUUGGGUAUUUAUGGAUUGAUUAUUGCUGUUAUUAUCAGUACUGGUAUUAAUCCCAAAACGAAGUCGUAUUACCUGUUUGAUGGAUAUGCUCAUCUCUCUUCUGGUCUUGCUUGUGGUCUUGCUGGUCUUUCUGCUGGAAUGGCUAUUGGCAUUGUUGGUGAUGCCGGUGUUAGGGCUAAUGCUCAACAGCCUAAGCUUUUCGUUGGGAUGAUCCUCAUUCUCAUUUUUGCUGAAGCUUUGGCUCUUUAUGGGCUUAUUGUUGGCAUUAUAUUGUCUUCCCGAGCUGGGCAAUCCAGAGCAGAGUGAAGUUGGCUUAUCAACUCUAUUCUUACUAUGGUGUACGUGCAACUUUCAGAAAACUCUGCUUAGGCUUGAUCCUUGCUAAAGUCGAAAAGCUACAUAUUUCUACGUUUGUUAUGAUGGCUGCUAUGUGCUGUUUGUAGAAGUAGGGAGUAUUUAUCUACUUAAUAAUAGCUUAAGAAGCUGUCUUAUUUGAUUUUGAUCACCAUUUGUUGUAUUUUGCAAUUUGCUCUGAUUGAACAGUGUUGUGCAUGUAUUAUUUUUUGCUAUAAUUUAACAUUGACGAUAUGCAACAUAUAUGACACUCCCCUUCAAUAUAUCUGAGAAAAUUCUUUUGGGUGCUGCCA